UUCUUCGUGUAUUUUUUUUUAACGAACGCCAUUCGUAUUAAUAAUCCUUUUCGUAUUAUUUAUGUAUAACUAGCAAAUUUUUCAUCCUUUUUAAUCUAUGUGAAUCGGAUUUGUUAGUUAAACUACACUGUAUUUAAAAUGUCCACCACCAUUCUGAUGCCUGAAUGUUGCCGAUGUUGUUUGGCACAAGAAAACGAAAUGUUUUUCGUGUUUGAAAAUUUGGACGAGUUUGGUAGUAAAAUCACCGAUUUGAUAGCCAAUUGUUCAGGUGUUUCGAUUAUCGAAAAAGAUCUGUUCUCCAAGAACAUAUGCAGCAAAUGUCUAAUCGAUGUAACGAAUGCUACUCGCUUUCGGAAUCGAUGUCGUAAAACGGAGGAACUGUUACAGAACACGAAGAUCGACGUGAAGGAUUUUGUACUGAAUCCGGUACCACCGGUUGAGACAGAAUUAGAUACCCCACAGUCCUCAAACAAUGCUGUACAAUCAUUCAAGGAACACAAUGGAACAGAGAUGAAUUAUUUGAAUGAAAUAAAGAAGGAACCAAUUUGGGUUCCAGAAUGCCCCGACGUAGAAGCGAUUCAACCAAAACAAGAACCAAAUUUCGAAGAUACUAGUGAAGACCAACCUUCGAACCAUUGUAACGAAAUUGAAGCAAAUAUCGAUCCUCUAAUGCCAGACGAACGAAGGCAUAAAUGUGAGUUCUGUGGCAAAGGAUUCUCGGCAACCAACGAUUUGAAACGCCACAAACGCAUUCACACAGGUGAGAAGCCACAUAAAUGUCAGACAUGUGGGAAAGCAUUUAUCGCAAGCAGUCAGUUGACAAGACACGUACGCAUUCACACCGGGGAGCGACCCAGUAAAUGUAAACUUUGUGAAAAGGUGUUCAUUUGCGGUAGUGAUUUGACGAAACAUGAAAGGCGUGUGCAUGCAAAUUUGAGACCUCAUGUGUGUGAAAUCUGCGGAAAAGGAUUUACUGAGAAAAGUCAUCUAGCAAACCAUAUGCACAUCCACACCGGCGAACGGCCCUUCAAAUGUGAGAUUUGUGGCGAAGGGUUCACUGAAAAUUGUAAGCUCACCAAGCACAAACGAAUUCAUUCGAACGUUCGUGAGUACAAAUGCGAAACCUGCGGAAAAGACUUUCUUGAAAAGGGUGACCUAAAGAAGCAUACCCGUAUUCAUACCGGAGAACGCCCGUACAUUUGCGACAUGUGUGGCAAAGGAUUCGCCGAAAGCAGUCACCUUUUACGUCAUAGACGUACACAUACUAAUGAUCGUCCGUACAAGUGCGAUUUGUGCAUCAAGACCUUCCUGGAUAGCAACGGGUUGGCGAAGCAUCGGCUCACUCACGCUGGAGGCAAACCUUAUCACUGUCCGGUAUGUGACAAAGGUUUCGCCGGGAAUGGCCAUCUGAUGCGCCACAUGAGUGCGCACGGUGUAGGCGUUGUCCCGAAAUUGGAGCUUCAUCGCAAGUGCGUAAUAGGAAAGAACAUGAAUUACACCAUCAAAUCGAAAUUUCAGCCAAGUGCACAAGCUGAAUCUGAAUGUUCAGUUAUUACACUACCAGAAUACGCACGACCUCAACCCAGUAGUAUAUACGAAUUAGAACUUUUAAACUCUCUGCACCAACAGAUAGCGGCCGCUUCGCAUUUUAUUUGCAACAAAUGUGGAAUAGCAUUUGAUUUGCAGGCGGCAUUGGAUCAACAUCUUGAAACGCAUGCUACUAUCGAGGCAAACAUUCAAAGACACACAUGUGACGAAUGUGGAAAAACUUGUCCUUCUAAUAGUGCACUUAUGCUGCAUAGACGCAUUCAUACAGGCGAACGUCCAUACGCGUGUGAUAUUUGUGGCAAAUGUUUCACUGUUGCCGGAAAUCUUGCGCAACAUAGGCUUCGGCAUACAGCUGAGAAGUCUUACAAAUGUGAUGUUUGCGACAAAUCAUUCUACAGAAGUAACGAACUCACGGAUCAUAAACAUGUUCAUAGCGAUGUUAAACGACCUAAAUGCGAUAUUUGUGGGAGACAAUUCGACACAAUAGAAAAAGUUGAGCAUCAUAAACAGAUACACGUUCGAGAAGAGCCGGUCAAUUGUGGUAUUUGUGAUAAACAAUUUCAAACAAAAGCCAAUUUGGUGCGACAUUUGCGUGUGCAUACUAGACAUAAACGGUUUCCAUGUAGUGCCUGUGGUAAAUUGUUCUACGCACAGAACGACUUGACACAUCACGAGCGAACCCAUACCGGCGAGCGACCAUUUAAAUGUGAUUUGUGCGACAAGGAUUUUGCCAGAAAUUACGAUCUGAGCCGUCAUCAACGUACCCAUACUGGCGAGAAACCACACCGGUGUGAUAUUUGUGGCAAACAAUUCAGUACGAUUGGCAAUAUGGCUGAACAUAGACGAAGACAUACCAAUGAGAAAAAGCACAAAUGCGACGUUUGCGGUAAAGCAUUUUUCAACUCAAAUGCUCUUGCCGUGCACAUUCAAACACAUACGGGCGAACGACGUUUCAAGUGUGACAUUUGUGGCUUAGAACUUACCACCGCUGGAAACGUCACCACUCAUCGUCGCAUUCAUACCGGAGAACGGCCUCAUGAGUGUGAUAUUUGCGGGAAAAAGUAUUUCCGGAAUAGUAAUUUGGUAGAGCAUAAGAUUAUCCACUCCGGAGAACGAACUCAUCGAUGCGAAAUUUGCUGCAAAGAAUUCUUCGGAAAAUACAAUCUCGAUAGCCACAUGCGAAUUCACACUGGCAAGCGGAAUAAACGAUGCGACACUUGUGGUAAACAAUUUUUUCGGCGGGCGGAACUCGAAGCGCACAUCCGAACUCACACCGGUGAACGUCCGUAUGCGUGCGAAGAGUGCGGGAAAGCUUUCACCGCCGCUAGUAGUCUUCGGAAACAUAGACGAACUCAUGUUCUGCCCGUUAGUACCCUUGUUCCGGAAGUAUUGAUUCCUAAAGUGGAAUUUGGGACUGUAGUUAGUGCGUAAUUUGAUUUGUGUACCGUACUGACCAUAUUUGCAUUGCAGUCUCAUAUGGAAAAUCGGAAUGAUGAGAAAGAAACGAUUCAAUGGUUUUGUACUACAAGCAAUAUUUUUAAUACAUGACGUAUGUUUCAAAACUAACUAAACGUAAUUCUUCUUGUUCUCUCUUUGUUUGGUUAGAAAGCUUACAAUGACCAUAUAUCCAUCG